CAAACAAAGUACUCUUCUUAUUCCACUGACCGCGCGGCACUUGAAAAGAAUUACAAGUCAUAGGAAGUUAAAAUUUUGACGUAAUUACAUUCCCUUGAAAUCACUUCCACCUUAGCCCUUGAAGCCAUAGCACAAGCAGAUCAGGAACAAAAGCGAGUGGUCAAAGUGGACAAACAAGCCGCCCUGGACAGUUUGACCAUACACCUUAAUCCGCUUAGAAGACAGCCACAGUAAAUGUAAUCAAGCGCAAGUGGGCCUCCUAAAAUCUAUUAGGUGAUACACACUGCGCAGGUGCGUUGUUUGAUUUACCUUUACAUAUUUUAAACCCGAAAUUUGAUUGGGUGAUGACGUCCUCUCUAAUUCCAUUGAUAAUCGUGUGACGUAUUGGAUAGUAACUUUAUAAAUGACCGCCUCGUGGACAUUUCAUGUCAUAUCAACUCUCUCACUUUGAAGACGAACACUGGACUAUUACUACCAGAAACUGAAAAAUGUGGACGAAAACGAAGUCGGCAACCCAAGGACAUUACUUUAACGUCGCUGUAGUAUUCUUACUUAUUAUACCUGUAGAUGUAUUAGCAUGGUCGCUGAAUAACUUUCUUAUGACAGGACCAAAGGCUUACUUAACCUAUGCCGACAGCGUGGCGUCAGGCGCACUCAUGGGUGUUGAAGAGUGUAAGGAACAGUUCAAGUGGGAUAGGUGGAACUGCCCUGAAAACACGAUCCCUUUCUUUUCUCAUGGAUCUUUCAAAAAAGCCGACAAAGAAACCUCUUUCGUCCAUGCCAUUAGCGCCGCAGGUGUGAUGUACACGCUAACUAGAAACUGCAGCAUGGGUCAUUUUGAAAACUGCGGAUGCGAUAACUCAAAGAAAGGUUUGCAAGGAGGACCUAACUGGAAGUGGGGAGGUUGCAGCGAUAAUGUGAAUUUUGGGGAGAGAAUUUCUAAGUUGUUUGUGGACUCGCUGGAGACCGGGAAAGACGCACUGGCGAUUAUGAACAUUCACAACAACGAUGCUGGCCGCAGGGCUGUCCGUAAGACUCUGAAGUUGACCUGCAAGUGCCAUGGUGUGUCCGGCAGCUGUACCACAAAAACUUGCUGGCAUCAACUCCCCGACUUCCGCGACGUCGGAAACUGGUUGAAGAAAAAAUACCAAAGAGCCAUUCGAGUUGACAGUAUCAACGGGGAGCUGAGAAACGCAAGAAGAAACCAAGGGCUCAUGUCUGUCUCCAAAAAUGACUUAGUUUAUUUGGAGCACUCUCCCAAUUACUGUAAAGCCAAUCUGACUGCUGGUUCCUUCGGCACCGUUGGUAGAGAAUGUAUCAAGCCACGAAAGAAAGACAAGGGCAGCACCCGUUGGGAAAGAAAAAGCUGCAGACGACUUUGCACAUCUUGUGGACUCAAAGUACGCAAGCGUUAUGUUGAGGUGACAUCAAGCUGUAAUUGCAAGUUCCAAUGGUGUUGUUCCGUCAAAUGUGAAACCUGUCGACAGAAGGUGGUAAAAUUCACCUGUGCGCUUAGGUAACAUUGAUAUCUUAUUGCCAGUGUAUUUUUUUCAUGGGGCCAAUACAAAGAAUCAAAGGUGCGGAUAUAUUUUCAUCUCAUAUAUAUAUAUUUAUACUAUUACUGUAUAUAAAGAGUCUAUCUGAAACAUAUGUAUAUAUAUAAAGAGAGUUUAUUACUGAAGAUGACGUUAGUUAGUGAAAGGUAAUAGUGCAAAAGUCUAUAUUUAUUUAUUUUUCAUUCUUUCAUCUUUUGAUUGACUUCGAAUUGAAUUGAUUAAGAAAGUAGACAUAAGAAAUUAGAGUAUUUAUUUCGCCGAGCACAGAAGGUCAAGCUUAUUUAACUGUUGUCCAUAUUUUGUACAUAUGAAAUAUGUUAAGAUAUUUAUUGGGAAACAUGUAAGUUAUUGAAAAUUCUUGUAAAUGUGUGUACAGUAAAUGGGAAACUUUGAAUAAUUUAUUGCAAAGACAUCAGCAGCACUUUUAAAAGAUGUUGUGCUUAUACUGUGAAUAAAUAAUAUAUGUGAUCAAAUAGAU